AUGUCUUCGUCCCGAAAUAAGUGUCCCCAUUGGGAUUUGAAGACUUUCAAUGAAAUUCUCGCUCUUUCUUCCACUCCCGACAAAAAUGCCCGUAUUGCCCUAAUCAACUCAAUUCCUGACCAAAAGCUAAUUUGUUUGGUAGAGCUGGUUUAUAACGUUUUGAAAGGAAAAGUUCAAAUUUCACAAAAGAACGUUCGACGACUUCAACGCUAUUCACAAGACUUGCGCCGCCUAUCAACACUCCGAAAUAUUGACGAAACUCGCGAGUUUCUUGUUCAAACUGGUGGUACUCCAAUUGCUAUCCUUUUGCCAGUUCUAAUUUCUGCCGCCUCUUCUAUUCUGGAACAUGUCCUACAAUAA